AUGGACGAAACCCCCAGAUACGGGACGUUGGAACCAAGCAGCGACACUUUGGACCACUUGCCGGGUGCGCACCGGAGAGCCCUCACGGCCGUGGGAACUACGGCAAUGAUUUCAUUCAUCUCGACGACCACACUAUUCUGCUUCCUGACAUACAAGCUGCUGAUGGGGCGAUUCGAAAGAUGGCAGGAAUCUAAGAAAGAGCCCGGAUCUCAUGACCUUACCUUCGGCUUCCCCGACCGGCACUAUCCUCCGCCGGGUUCCUCGUCUCACCCACCCAGCGUGGUAUCCAAGCCGCCCGCCAUGCAGUCACCGCGGACAGAGCAGCCCCGAAACCCGUUUCCCAUCUUUAUCUACAAUUUACUACUGGCAGAGAUGCAAACAGCGAUGGGAUAUACGCUCAAUAUCCACUGGGUCGUACGUGACGGAAUCUACGUGGGAACAAGCACCUGCUGGACCCAAGGCUGGCUCAACAACAUCGGGAUCCUAGCCGGUAGUAUUUUCUUCGUAUCGAUAUCUAUCAACACUUAUCUCGCCGUGGUCCGCGGUUGGAGGCCGCCCCAGUGGUUCACUCACAGCUGGAUAGUGUUUUGUUGGUUGCUUGCACUCGUCCUGAGUUCAGCUGGCAUAAUUCAGACCGACAACGGAAAGGCUGAAGGUGGUUGGUUCGUCAGGGCUAACACCUGGUGCUGGGUGAACUCGAGAUACUUUGCCGCCCGAUUAUGGGGCGAAUGGGCAUGGGUGCUUGCCUCGAUACCCGUAACUAUCAUCUUGUACUGUCUUGUGUUCUGGUCGCUAUACCAUGAGAAGAGAUCCUCACGCCACUUACCCAGAGGGCACGACUCGUCCGCUCAAGGAAAUCAGCCCUCGGGUCACCACCCGGCAUUCCUGAUCUAUCCGUUCAUCUACAUCGCGUGUACCAGUCCCCUGGCUAUCGCCCGACUAGUCACCAUCAGCGGUGGCAAUCCUUCUGUGACCUACUACUGCAUCGCCGGGUUGAUUCUGGCCUCCAACGGGUUAUGGAACACGAUUCUGUGGUCGACGACCAUGCUGAUUAGCACCCCAGAGGACAUGCGAGACACUGGCCUCGACAAAUUCGCCUUCAUGCGAACGCCCUUCUCGCGACGCUACGGCAACAUGAUAUGGAUCGAGGGGCCGGCCAGUAGGCGCGACAAGCCCGCCAGCUCGCACAGUGGAUGGUGGUGGUGGAGCAUCGGGGGCGAGUCGCGGUGGAAAACCGGAGCCCUACCCCGUGGGCCCAGCCAGGAGUCCCUUAGGAGAGACGUGCCCGGCAACUGCAUUCAGAUGGACGUCAUCACGACUGUGGUUGUCGAGGAGAAUGUCGACACCUUGACGGAGACGAUCCGUUCUGCCUAUGCUAGCACCUCCGAGAAAGGCGAUGAGGAGCAAGUAACUCCAAGGGGCUCCAUCGGAAAGUUCUAG